UGUGACGUGAGCAUGAGGGGCGGGUCCAGCCUACUAAAUUACCCUUACUAAAUUCAUUCAUACACAUAAAGCAGGCAGUGGCAAUACCGGUGCGUCUCCUGAAGUGAAACAGCAAUCCGCAUCGUCCGUGUCUUUAGGAAGAGACGCAGAGUGCAAAGUCAGCAUGGCAGAAGCACAUCAGGCUGUGGCCUUCCAGUUCACUGUCACUCCUGAUGGCAUCGACCUGCAUCUGUGCCACGAGGCCCUGCGUCAGAUCUAUCUGUCUGGCAUCCACUCCUGGAAGAAGAGGUUUAUCAGGUUCAAGAAUGGUGUCAUGACAGGGGUCUAUCCAGGAAGUCCCUCUGGGCUCGUGGUUGUGUUGGUUGGUUACAUGUCCAGUACGAAAUAUGCCAAAAUUGACCCCUCCCUUGGAAUAUUAACUAAGCUGUCGACACACCUACCAGUCAGUAAAUACAUAACAGAAGAUGGCCAACGUAUUGUUGGUGGUGUGCUUGUUGGCACGGGACUGUGGAUUGCUGUGACUUUCGUUAUGAGGAACGCUCUCAAGUACUUGCUGUCCUGGCAUGGCUGGAUGUUUAACCAGCAUGGAACUCUGUCCUUAAAAACAAAGAUUUGGUUGGUGUUGGUGAAGUUAUUUUCUGGGCCAAAGCCAAUGCUGUACAGCUUCCAGAGUUCACUACCACGGUUGCCAGUGCCUCCUGUAAAAGACACCGUUAGAAGAUACCUGGAGUCGGCACGUCCUCUGAUGGAUGAUGAACAGUACAAACGUAUGGAGGGUUUAGCAAAGGACUUUGAGAAGAAUUUGGGCCCCAAACUUCAGUGGUACCUGAAGCUGAAAUCCUGGUGGACUUCCAAUUACGUCAGCGACUGGUGGGAAGAGUACAUUUACCUCAGAGGUCGAAGUCCAAUCAUGGUCAACAGCAAUUACUAUGCAAUGGACUUCCUGUAUGUGAAUCCCACUUCACUCCAAGCUGCUCGAGCUGGUAAUUCCAUCCAUGCCAUGAUGAUGUACAGGAGAAAACUGGACAGAGCACAGAUCAAACCUUUAUACUUGCUGGAGAACCGAGUGCCACUGUGUUCGGCACAGUGGGAGAGGAUGUUUAACACUUGCCGUAUUCCCGGGCUUGAGACAGAUGUCCUUCAGCAUGUGAAUGAGAGCAAACACAUCGCCGUGUACCACAAGGGCCGCUUUUACAAGGUGUGGAUGUUUUAUGACGGACGCUUGCUGUUGCCUCGAGAAAUUGAGCAGCAGAUGGAGAGGAUCUUGGCAGACAAAUCCGAACCACAGCCAGGUGAAGAGUUUUUGGCUGCUUUGACUGCGGGAGACAGAGUUCCCUGGGCCAAAGCCCGUUCACAGUUUUUCAUUCGUGGAAAGAAUAAGCAGUCCCUGGAUGCUGUGGAGAAGGCUGCUUUCUUUGUUACUCUGGAUGAUUCCGAGCAGCGUUAUGAGCCAGACAAUCCUAUCCAGUCACUGGACAGCUAUGGCAAAUCUCUGCUCCAUGGAAAAUGCUACGACAGAUGGUUUGAUAAGUCUUUGAACCUUAUUGUAUUCAAGAACGGCACUAUGGGACUGAAUGCAGAACACUCCUGGGCUGAUGCACCCAUCGUUGGCCAUUUGUGGGAGCAAGUAUUGUCAUCGGAUCCAGUGAGACUGGGCUAUACUGAGGAGGGCCACUGCAAAGGAAACCCCCAUCCCAACAUGCCGGGACCCCAGAGACUGCAGUGGGACAUCCCAGAGGAGUGCCAGACAGUGAUCAGCAGCUCUUUGAAAGUAGCCAAUACUCUGGCAGACGAUGUAGACAUGCACAUUUUCCCCUUUAACGACUUUGGCAAAGGCUUAAUCAAGAAAUGCAAGACCAGCCCUGAUGGCUUUAUUCAGCUCGCCCUCCAGCUGGCACACUUCAGGGAUAAAGGCAAGUUCUGUCUGACGUACGAAGCAUCCAUGACGCGUCUGUUCAGAGAAGGUCGCACUGAGACUGUGCGCUCCUGCACCAAUGAGACCUGUGCUUUUGUUCAUGCCAUGAUGGAUGAGAAAGCUACGAGAGAAGAGAGACUGAAGCUGCUGAAGGCGGCCACAGAAAAGCACCAGAAUUUAUACAAACUGGCCAUGACUGGAAAAGGCAUUGACCGUCAUCUUUUCUGCCUCUACUUAGUGUCCAAGUACCUCGGUGAAGAUUCACCUUUCCUCAAAGAGGUUUUGUCAGAGCCCUGGAGGUUGUCCACCAGUCAGACUCCUCUCCAGCAGAUGGAACUCUUUGACUUGAAGAAACAUCCAGAAUAUGUCACCAGUGGAGGUGGAUUUGGACCUGUUGCUGAUGAUGGUUAUGGUGUAUCAUAUAUUAUUCUUGGAGAAGACCUUAUCAAUUUCCACAUAUCCAGCAAACACUCAAGCCAUGAGACUGAUUCUCAUCGCUUUGGAAGUAACAUUAAACAGGCGAUGCUUGAUAUCUUGGAUCUUUUCCAGCUUGACAUCAAACCUAACAAAAAGUGAUCCAACUCGUUUUCUCAUUUCUGAAAAGGGAAAUUGUUUUUAAAUCUUUUAAACAUACUGAUUUUUCUGAGGAAUGUACAGAGUAAGUGAUUGUUCUCAUUGAAGUUGUAAUAAUAAUAAAAAUGGAGUUGUAUUUUAAAUAGUACAGAGCAUGGUAACUGGGCAUUUCAUUUAAACCAAUUGUUGUAGAGGAUAGAAAUCAAUUUAUGGUUGAUAUUUAUAUCACAGACUGCCUAAUUGGUUUGUUUUCGUGUUCUGGGAUGUAUUUUUGCCUUAAUCUCAGAAAUGUACAUGAAUGUUUCUCAGAAGUUGCCUCUCUGUGCUGCUGUACAUUCAUAUGUUGUUCACUUGUGUGCAAACAUUGUACUGGUUCAUUUUUUUCUUUCACAUUAUAUUCUCAUACUCAGGUUUUCAGCUAAUUUAUUCACUGUAUUGUGACUUGAAUUGUUUCUGAAGUAGCACUGUUGCAGGUUACAAGGAUUCUGUAUAGGUUAAUACUUCAAACAUAUAGGGCAGCGAUGCAUAUUUUUCUUUUUACUUGUGUUUCUUUGUACUUGCACAUGGUUAAAGAAUUGCAGCAGUCUCAACAUUAAUAUUAUAUAAGGUUAUUUGUGUUCCUAUAUAAGGUUGAGUUCAGUAGCUUUUUUUCUCAAUCUUUAUUUGACGGCACUCAACAAAAAUAAAACACAUAGGGAAAUCAUUCACAGGUAAUAAGAGAUAAAAAUGUGUAUAUGUUGUUUCUCACUGACAGGAAAGUGUGCUAUUUAUUUAUCAGUUCAUUAUCAUUUUAUUUGAAAGUGUGCUCAUGAAUUUACAGAACAAUAAUUAUUGUUGAUUGUAAAUGAACAGUGGAAUUAAAUAAAUAAAUGCAAAUCAAUACAAUUUAAAAGGGAAAGUGUCACUUAAUCUGUCGUGCAAUGUGGUGUAUCAUAUAUUUGUAUCAUAUUUUACAGAAAAGACGUUCUGUUUUCUGCAAAAGGUGUGGUAAGGGAACUGUGGCAUAGUUACUGUACUUUACAUUUGACUUUAUUUUCACUCAAUAAAAAAGUUGACUCUUUGGACUAAAA